AUGCAGUGAAUAUAAUGAUUGAUUUUUUUUCCCGUCACGCAAAUACCUUAAAAAGACAACUACUCUCGUACUUCUUUCACCAACAUAACCCCCGCCCACUCUCUAUUAGUCAAACUUUUCUGCUACUUCCAAUACUUCAAUUCGACGUCAAAACUUCUAAACCAUCGCCGCGCCGCCCGGCCCCUCCGCCGCGAGCUCUGAGAAAAAUGCCUGUCAACCAUUUCACUCCGGAAGGAUUCUGGUUAACUAAACAACACCAUUUACCGGCGCCGUCUAACGACAACACUCCCUGUAACCUCGCCGCGACGACGGCGUCCUCCGCCGGGGAUUCGAAUUCUCAAUUCUACCACCACGGCGCCGCCGCUAUGUUUGCGGCGCAAAACACGGGGUAUAGUUUCAACCUGAACAACAAGAAUGAAGACGAGGAAGAGUCCGAGGAACAACAAAGCCAGGCGGCUAAGGAAGAGGAGGAGGAAAUGACGAUAAUACCCAAAGAGCCCUUGUUCGAGAAGCCAUUGACUCCCAGCGACGUGGGGAAGCUCAACCGCCUCGUUAUCCCCAAACAGCACGCCGAGAAAUACUUCCCGCUCACUGGCCAAGAACCCGGCGGCGGCGGCGCCGAAAAAGGCUUGCUAUUAACCUUCGAAGACGAGUGCGGGAAAACGUGGCGGUUCCGGUACUCCUAUUGGAACAGCAGCCAAAGCUACGUGCUCACUAAAGGCUGGAGCCGUUUCGUGAAGGAAAAACGGCUCGACGCCGGAGACGCCGUGGUGUUCGCGCGCCACCGCGCCGACGCCGAGCGGCUCUUCAUCGGCUGGAGGCGGAGAAAUAGCUCGGCGGUGCAAGACGGAAAUAGUGGGAUUAGUGGGGCCGGUGAGGCGAGCACGGUUGGUGGUGGCGGUGGGUGGGCCCCAGCAUGGCAUCCUUAUCCACCACCGGCUACUCCUGCAGCUAUUCCAUACCAACCUAACUGUCUUCAUGCAGGAUCGGUAGCAGGUGUGGUUCCGAGCCAAACGGGUGCGAGUGGGAAUUCAAAAAGAUCAGUGAGACUGUUUGGGGUGAACUUGGAGUGUGAACCGGAGCCAACCACAGCAGACAGGUCGGUUCAACCCGGCCAGCACCAACCGUUCCAGUAUUACGCCAACUCCCAUGCUUCCUACAAUCACAUGGAGAUGAAGUUCUCGAGAGAUGUCAACCAGAUGAGAUUUCAGCAGGGAUAAGAUCUGUGAUGUGACAUCUUCUACUGACUACAAUGGGCCACUUGGAAUUUUAAUACUGCAACCAAAAAAAAAAAAGGAAAAUACAAAAUACAAAAUAUAUAAUUAAAGAUAUGAAAAGAAAAGCUCCCACUUCCCAGAUAUUCUGCAGAUCUUAUCUACCCACAAAAGUUUGGUAAAAAACACAGUCGUAUUUGACCACCUGCUUUCACAAACAACCAGAAUUUUCUAUGUAGUUGAGGUGGAGAGAAAAGAACCACAAGUAAAGGGGGUGAAGUGUUGAAAAGGGGAAGAUUGAUUUUUUCUUUUUUUUGGGGGGGUUGAAGGUGGGGCCCACCAUAGGAUGUGAUGACGUCAGCAAUGCCUGAUAGGAGUAGUAGUAUACUAUAGAGAGAUUGUGGGUGUAGAUGUUUGAUGAUGGGUUAUCCUUAUUAAUCAUCAUCAUAAAUUCAUGAUUGAUGAGCCCAUGACACAUAAAUACAUAAUGGAGGUUCAAAGCAAAGGGGAAGGUAGGGUUGUCUCAGCACAAUGGUAUUUCUCAAAAAAAAAAAAAAAAAAAAAAACAUCUAUGUCACAAAGGGCAAUCACUUUUGACUGACUGUUCUUUUUUUUCCCUUUUUUUUUUGUUUUAAUUUAUAUAUGUUUAUGCUAGUCAAUGACAAAAGUUCCAAAUUUUAUUUUGUGGUUUAAGGUUGUGUACAUAAGAUGUGAUAAGGAUAAGUUUGAGAAAAUGAGGCUUACCAUUGUGACA